AUGACCCUCGUCCCGACCGUCCUCCAAACCCCCUCAUCGCCGUUGUAUCGUCGCCGGCGACGUGAAAGCACGACGUUUAAUUAUGCGAAAGCGGGCCGACCCGGCACUCCGCCCAUUCAAACCGUUUUGGCGCCGACGACCCGCCCUGCGCCACGGGAGCGAUCCAACACGUGUGUGCGGGUUCGUGUGGAUAAAAGCGGCACAUGCAGUGUCGAGCCGAGUGCUAGUCGCAGUUUUGAACAGAACGAUCGGACGGCGGGUUUGAGGCAUCUUGAUGAUUCGAGGGGUGAUUUAAGGACUGGUGUUGAUCAGAGGAAGGUUUUGGGACAGGGUGAGGAUCGGAGGGCAAAAUUACGGAAUGAGGACGAUCAAAAGUCAAGUUUGAAUCAUGAUGAAGAUCAGCAGAUCUUAAAUUCAAAAAGUCGUCAAAUUUUAAAAAAUGGCCAAAAAGAUGACAUUGGGGAUUCACAAUACUACGUAGCAUCUACUGAUUGUUCAAAAAAUUCUAAUUUUGAAUAUUCAACCCCUCAUAAUCCUGCCAAUACUAAAAUUUCAAGUUUUGAUGCUAAGUUCAAGUACGUGGAUUCAGAAGACCGUACUGAUUCUGACGACCGCGCUGAUUCCGAAGAUUGUGCUGAUUACUUUAAUUUUAGUAUCGACAGUGAUAACGGACUUAAAUCUGCUGGAAAUUGUGUUGAAAGUACUAAUAUAGUACCACAAGACAGUACGGAUACUAAUUUCGUACCAAAAGGUAAUACUGAUACUAGUUCAGUCAAAAGCAAUAAAAACGACUCAGUAUUGACUACAGUACCACAAUCUACCACUACAGUACAAAAUCUACCUCAAGAUUCAGAGCCUACGACUGACAGUGCUGAAGAACUUGCUGAUAUCGUGGUGAUACCAAAUCAUUUUCAACGUUCUAAUACUUUGUCAGUACAGCACGACCAUUUUGUGCCUCAUGCUAUAGCAGAAGUACCAGAAGUUGUACCAAACGUACGGUACCGUAAUUCUGUAGCCAAUAUUCAUUGUAAUGGAUAUUUAAAACUUUUGGAUAACAAGUUGAAUCAUACUAUAAACCAUCAAAACUCUGCGGAUACUGUACUACUUCAGCGGCCAUUUACUACAGUAGGGCAUUACAGUAAUCAAAAAGUCAACAGUAUUGGACCAAGAGCCAAAACGUUGUCAACGACCGGUCGAUCCUCUACUUUAACGGCAAAUAGUACCACUACAGGUAAAUUACCGUAUACUAAUCGGCAACGCAGUUCUAUCGCAAUAAGCGGAAAUACUGUACCUAAACCUGGGUGUACUGUACCCAACUUGGUUGCCAUAGCUAGAAGUACAGUAUCAAAAUCUAUUGAUAAUUCAGUACCGAACUUGACGGAAAUUGCUCACAGGUCAGUACCAAGGCUUACUAGGGAGAGUACGGUACCAACUACUGUAGUUAGAGUACCAAACUACAAAUACUCUAAUGUACUGAACCCUCAAAUAUCCGACAGUACGAACGCUUUGGCCAACAACAUUCCACAAGCCUACAGUAAUACCUCAACCCAAGUGUUGGGUGGAACUUUAAGUUACAGUAACCUGAAUCAGUACGAUAGACCGUUUAACACGGCGUUACAGUGCACGUGCAACAUAGAGCUAAGUACACGUUCUUCAUUCUCAGCACUUCAAAGUUCGAAUCCUGGUGCUAACUUGAACCCAACUCGUACUGUAUUUGGUAGUAGAGGGUCGUGUUCCGCAUUACCUUCGUGUUAUACGGUAGGAAAUAACGCUGAGUACACUGUACCAAUACAAAAUAUUGGUACUGGUGAUCAAGCCAGAGCUUGUUUGGCUAGUACUAGACUGCUCAACCAAAACCAAACGGCUAUUCAAGGUCAGAAUACAGUCUCUUCUUCCGGAGCUACAGUAUCAACAACUCUCGACGGUACCGUAACACCAAACUCAAAUACUGUGCCCAACUUUUCCGUCUCACCAACUCCUUACGCUAUCUCACCAUAUUCUACAGUACAACUCAACCAGUACUCUGCAGUACCAAUUACGCCUAAUCCUACAGUACCGAUUAGUCCAAAUACUGUUCUACCAAUUAGCCCAUACCCUACAGUAGCCACGCCAAGCUAUUCAGCCCUAACUACACCAAAUCCAAACAAAUCAUUGCGUUUGAACGAUAGCACGUUCUCAUCGCGUGCACCAUCUUCAAUGUCCGCCUUCACUCGCACUAUCCACCCUACCGCCACCCCACCCCCAUGCCCGGUUCAUUCUCAAAGUCAACGUCGAUUUUCAAUGUCGGCUCAACAGCUGGGACAGGCGAGGUUCAGGCACAAAAUAGGAUCGUACUGGAGGAGUUUUGAGCUUUAUACUGAUAUUCCAAAGACGGCCGAGUUGACUCGUACUGGGUCGAUUAUUCGACGACGACUGGCUAUGUUGGAGAGCUUUGAUGCUAUUAAAGGUGCUUAUGACUUUUAAUUUUUUUGUUUUAUGAUGAUGCCGACAGAAAGAACCCGCCAUAUUUUUCUUGUUAUUCGUUGUAAGAAAUGGCGGGUUCUUUAUGUCGGGUUGCAAAAGUAAAAAAAGUCUUAUUGUAAGGUAGGGCUAUUGAAGAGUAAUGUAGGUAGGGUAAAAGCAGAGUAAGUAAAAGUACUAAUAAUUCCUCCAAAGUCAAUAAAAACUGGCACUAAUCAAAGUUGUAAACAAAAAAACGCUGUAACAUUUGGGCCUUUCCGGGUAUUUAUUGGACACGCAAAUUGGCCAAAUUUUUAUAAAAUCAAAGAAAAAACGAAAAAAAAAAGUUUUUGUCUCAAAAAAUUUGGUAAAAACAAAAAAUUAACCGCAUUAAUGGGCCGUUUUGCAGAGGAGAAAAGUAACGGCGACGUGCGAUUCGACGUGAACGAUGGCGAUGGAAACCCGCACAAACGGUCGGCCGCUCAGGUCAAGAGUAUUCGGCGGAGGCAGAGUGGCUAUGGCAUUACGAUUACAAGGUGGGUGGAGGUUUUUAUAUUUUUUUGGCAUUUUUAGAGCCAUUUUUUUCAUUUUUAGGUGACAUUUUUAAUUUUUUAUUUUUAGGUAA